UGUGUGUGUGUUUUUGUUUUACAAACACAACAUCCCUAGCUUUGUAUGCACGUGUGUUCAGUUUAUGCAAAGCAAAGACAAGUCGUAUUUAUAAAUCACAUCUUCUCAGAUAUUGUUUUUAGUGCGUGUUCCUAAAACUGGUUCAACACCAUGAUUUCCACAGUGCUUAACAGCUCAACCUCGAUUUUCAAACUAGCUGAAGACUUUGUGCAAAGUCGAAAAAAUGCGAAUAAUUUGGCACUGCUGGUUGAGUUCCUUGCUAGCAAGAGCAAUGUAAACAGCAAGCUCACCAACUGCAGUAUUCUCGCUCUGCAAACCAUUUUUACUCACGCUUUGGCUGAAAGGAAUAGACGACGUGGAGAGGAUUGUGGUGAUGCUGAAAACAAAUAUCAAGAAUGGAUAUUUUCAAAGUAUGAAGAGGCCAUUCCUCUUCUCCUGAAUGUCCUGAAAGGCACAAAACACCCUUACUCCGUUAGAGAACAAGCUAUGGUCACUUACGUGAACUUGAUCAAAUUGGAGAGUCUCUACGUUAACAAACCUGACUCGAAGGAUGUUUUCUGUCUACCAAAGUUGAAAUAUUACAACUUGUUGAAGACAGUGGUGUCAAGCAAGAAGGCUGAGUCGCGAAAGUCGAAAGUGCAGACAAAACUUUUGAACCGUUUGUCUGAAUUCACUGCUCUGCACGAUGUAGCUCUGCAAACAUGGGUGUCCUGUGUUACAUUGACAAAAUGUGACAAGAAAGUGCCAACUGAAACAAAAAUUAGCAACAUAUUGCAGCUGCUCAAAACAACCGCAAUUCCAUCAUUGAAUGCGCGAGACAAGAAUCCAGAUCAGUUGAUUUUCCCAAACAGAGCUAAAAAGAUACCAAGAAAAUUCUUUAGCAAGAAACUUCCUCACGCCAUCGACGGGGUUUGGGACAAUAUUAAAAAAUGGCAUCAUACUGAAAGCACUCUGCACGAAACCCUGUUGCUGCUCAUUGAAAAAAUAAUGGACAACCUGUCUCAACCCAAGAUGCUGACAGAUUUUCUCAUGACCUCUCUGAACUAUGGUGGAGCAUUGAGCCUCUUGUCCCUCCAAGGAAUUUUCAACCUCAUCCAAAAACACAACAUAGAGUACCCUGAUGUGUAUUCUAAGCUCUACUCGCUCUUCACGCCAGACAUUCUGAGGACCAAAUACAAGCAGAGGCUGUUUUUCCUCUCUGAUUUAUUUCUUUCCUCGACUCACAUCCCUGAAUCCCUGGUUGCUGCCUUUGCUAAGCGCCUGAGCCGCUUGGCUCUGACUGCGUCGACAACUGAUGCCCUUAUCAUCAUUCGCUUUGUUGGAAACUUGCUGAUCCGUCACAAGAGCGUUCAGAAAAUGAUCCACAACCCUGAAGGAGGAUAUGUUGAUUGCGAUCCAUAUGUUGAGGACGAGGCUGACCCUUGCAAUAGUAAGGCGAUUCACUCCUGUCUUUGGGAGCUGAAGAGCCUGCAAAACCACCUGGUGCCUGGUGUCGCGAUUGCUGCGCGUUUCAUUGACGAUAAAUUGCCUACCGUUGAGUGGGACUUGGCUGACGUGCUUGAGACAAAAUACUGCGAAGUAUUUGAAAAGGAAAUGAACAAGAAGGCCAAAGAGAUAACGCUCAACUUCAUUCCACCCACCAAUGAAGUUCUUGAAAAAUUGAAGAGGACGUUUUAAACUGAUAAUACACUGCUCACAGUUGAAAUUUCCGAAAUAUUUUUCAAGUGGAUUCUUAAUAAUUUAAGCAUAAAUUUGAAAAUUAUUGAAUAUAAAUAUAUUAAUUAAAUUAAAGUCGGUUAAGGACCACAAGAAGAUUUUAAAGCAA